AUGGAUUUGCCGGUGAGGUACAGAACAGACACAUCAUCUUACAUACUUGUGAAUGAGUUGUUGCUAUGUGACAUGAUAGAACUUAACAGUACAGAGUUUAGUACAACAAGCGAUGGGAAUAUUCUCGUGAAAGGAAGUCGUCACCUACUGAGGACCGGUGAUUUCUCAUGGUACAAUAGCUCUGUUCUGGUCUGUGUAAACACAAGUGCUUCAGAGCAACAAAUGCACACUCCGACUGACAACAAUAACCUCACAUCGGUCCAGUCCGACGACGCUGAGGUUUGGCUCACCAUUAUCUGUACAGCUUUGUCAUUGCUAUGUUUGGCGGCCACUAUGCUUGUUUACAUCGUCAGAGGACGCCAAAAGUUCUUGCCUGGUAAAAAUAGCAUAUUUUUGUUCGCAAAUCUCUUUCUGGCCCAGCUUCUCUUCCUGACAGGUGCCACAGCUAAGGUGCCCACACCUGGAUGUCGGGCUCUGGGAAUCAUCAUACACUAUUUCUGGCUGGCCACCUUCUGUUGGAAAGUCGUCUGUGCCUAUCACAUGUACUGGUUGCUUGCCAACCCUUUGAAAACCUUUCACAAGACAAAAUCAUUUGCUGUGUACGUCAUGUUUAGUCACUGUGUGCCUUUGCUAUUCAUUGCUUUGGUUAUAGCUAUCAAUUGUGGCAUGUCAAACCUGGAACGCAUUGGUUAUGCCGAUCGGCUGAUAGGUAAAGACCACACCUUGUGCUUUCUGACAAGUGCAUUGGAUCUGGGCGUUGGUUUUGUUUUACCGGUUUCUCUUACCAUUAUUAUAAACAUUUACCUGUUCUUUCGUAUUGUGAAAUCUUUGAGAAAUAGCGAACGAGCUCAUGUUCGUCAAUCUUCCAAAUCUAAAAGGAAGGAGAGUGUUUUAUAUUUCAAGAUAUCCGUCAUUUUCGGCUUCUCCUGGCUCCUAGGGUUUAUCGCCCUGAUUGUUAACGUACAGGGAAUGUGGUUUCUCUUCACUGUCGUCAAUUGCAGUAUUGGAGUGUUCGUGUUUUUAAGUUUUGGCUUGAAGAACUUGCCGGUGAAGCUGCUCAGCAGUGCUGACACAUCCACAGAUGUACCCACUCCGAUGUCCUCCCCCAGGCCGAUGGUCCGAUACCUGUCACAGGACACCCUAAACUCAGUGACCCCAUCACCGGUUGAUUCUCCAGUUCGUGUGAGGAGAGACAAUCACGGGGCAACUGGCCAGUAG